ACUGUCAAGUGUCAGCUGACUGUCACGGAUUAAAAAUAACCUAUUCGUUUUCUUAUCUCCGAAAAAAUCUUUUUUAUUACUACGAGACGAUAUCGCAUAUAUUACUCAUUGUCAGUAGUCGCAACCGCAUUAUCACGAAGGAAAAUAAAAACCUUCCAUUCUUAUUAAUAUGGAAGUGGGUUUUCGUUCUAUUAGGGUUUUGAACCGGCUUUUAAGGAAACCCCUUGGUAUUGCGACUUAUAAAAACGUACCGGGAAGCGCCGCUAAAGAUGAAGUUAACUCCGAUUUACUAAACACCUUUAACAGAGAUAUUAAAAAUGGAGGAGCAGUGCCUGUUUUCCGCAGGGCAUUACUCUUUCCCUCCAGGAUAGCUCUCCAGGAUGAAGUGGGCAUAUACACAUAUGCCGGACUCCAUCAGGCUGCAUCAGCUCUUUGCACUGAAAUCUCUAUGCAGCUGGUUGGCGAGACUGAAAGGACAAUUGCUUACAUGUGCAACAAUGAUGCAUCACACGUCAUUGUGCAGUGGGCCAUUUGGAUGUCUGGCAAUAUUGCCGUCCCCCUAACCCCGCUCCACCCUCCGGAAAUGCUCAAAUACUAUCUACAAGAUAGUAUGUCGCAUCUCGUGGUAUGUACUCAAGAGUAUGAGAAACUGCUCCGACCAAUAACACUUGAGCUCUCGACUCCCUUACUAAUCACAGGGAAGGAUAAGGAGAUCACAGCUCAACUUUACCAGCCGAAUAGUGCGUUCCUGCAGCCGAAGAAUGAGGAUUCAAUAAAUGAUGUCGGAAGGUCCAAUGAUUGGUACGCGUCGAGAGAGGCGCUUAUUAUUUAUACGAGUGGAACGACGAGCAAACCCAAAGGCGUGGUGUGGACGCACAGCAUGCUUCAGACCCAAAUAUCUGCAUUGCACAGCGCGUGGCAGUACUCGUGUAACGACGUAGUGUUGCACACGUUACCGUUGCAUCAUAUACAUGGGCAGUUGAAUUCUAUGCUCGCAUCGCUGGCUGCUGGCGCAAGAAUCCGCAUGCUGCCAUCGUUCGUGGCUCACUCGGUGUGGGCGCGCCUGCUCGGCAUGGGCGAGCGCGAGGAGGCGCGGCCGAGCGUGAUGCACGGCGUGCCGGCGAUGUUCGCGCGGCUCGCGGCCGAGCACGCGCGCCUGUUCGCCGACGGUCGCACGGCGCAGUACGUGCGCGCGUCGCUCGCCUCGCGCAUGCGCCUCAUGUGCGCCGGCUCCGCGCCGCUGCCGGACGCGCUCUUCAACCAGUGGGAGGAGAUAUCAGGCCUCCGACUUCUCGAAAGGUACGGCAUGUCAGAAGUGGGGAUGGCCCUGAGCAACCCCUACCGUCCGGUGGAGGAGAGGAAGGUGGGGUGUGUCGGCAACCCUCUGCCGGGCGUGUCGGCGCGGGUCGCCGUCGCCAACACCGAGACCGGCGAGCUGGAGCCGCUGGUCACUGUGGAGUCCCCGCCGCCGGAGACUCAGAUAUGCCUCGACCGGCUCGGCGUGGCCGGCACCAAGGACUUCUUCGUGGAGUCAGACGGGUACGAGUGGAAACCGCCCACAGUGACUGUUCACAAGCAAAGCGAUAACGGCAGCUACCAGGGCGAGCUGCUUCUCAAGGGACCUGCUGUGUUUAGUAGGUACUGGAACAGAGCGCCGAAGCUGAAGGCGCUGGACUUCACGGAGGACGAUUGGUUCCGUACGGGUGACACGGUGCAGUUCGACGGCACCUUCAGGAUCCUCGGCAGGACUUCCGUCGACAUCAUCAAGUCUGGAGGCUACAAGAUAAGCGCCCUUCAAGUCGAAGCCGCCAUACUGGACCACCCAGAUGUGGCCGACGUGGCAGUGCUGGGCGUGGAGGAUGAGACUUACGGAGAAAUUGUAUCGGCUGUGGUAGUCAUCAAAGAUAAAGCUAAAGUAACGUUCAAAGACAUAAAAGAUGCCGCCGGUAAGAAACUGGCUCCGUACCAAUUACCUAGGUCAUUGUUAGUGAUCGACCAAAUGCCUAGGAACGCUAUGGGCAAGCUAGACAAAAAGGAGAUAAGAAAGUUGUUCGGGAAACAGUUAGUGAUUGAAAAGAAAAUGUAGGAUAAGUUUUCAAAGCUGGCGUGAAAUAUUAUGGCAUCAGAUUAUGGAUUAAUUUGAUCUAUAAAUAUUUUGUAAUUUAUACUUUCUGAAUCAUAUUUAGAAUUGAUGUAAAAAA